GUCAGUAAAAAAAGGAACAGACAAACAAAACAAAAAGCAGAACAAACAGAGUCAAAUGUGUGGGUUUAACAGAGUCAAAUGUGUGGGUUUUCAGGCUAUCAGCCAUAGCACAGGCUUCUUCACUCUCAGCUCCUUUCUUUUACUCUGGGAAAUCACAAUAUCUUUGCCCUGCAUGUUGGCCACUGAUGGGUGAGAGCCCCAUGAUAUCCUUGUGUUCAAUUUGUUGUUGAUUUCUUUUGGCAUCUUUACCUGGAACUUUACCUGCACUGCUCCUCAGUGUAACUUUGUGAUCCUUGAAAGCAUAUUUCCGUAUCCAUGUGCUGGAUAUGAAUGUUGGACACAAAUACUUCAAGAAAAAUAAAAAGGCUGGAGAUAGGUAUUAACUGAGUUUUUCCGGUAUCAUUGAUGAUGAAACCAAAGAACGGCAGUCACCCGAUUAUGCCUCUUCGGUCUCGGAAUCCAGCCGCUAACUUUUGCAUGUUUCCGAAAGUAAAGUCCGCGGGCUGCAGUCCGUGUGAAGCUCCGGUUUACCUAAAUGUGUAUGACUUGACAAAUGCUAAUGGCUAUGUUUAUUGGGCAGGUCUUGGUAUAUUUCACUCUGGAGUGGAAGUUUAUGGUGUAGAGUAUGCCUUUGGAGCUCAUGACUACCCGACAAGCGGUGUCUUUGAGGUCGAACCUCGACGGUGCCCUGGCUUCAAGUUUAGGAAAUCAAUUUUCAUGGGGAUUACAUGCUUGGACCCUGCCCAGCUAAGAGAGUUCAUAGAGCGGCAAUCUGGGAGUUACAAUGGUGAUACAUACCACUUGAUUUUUAAGAACUGCAACCAUUUCUGCGAGGAUAUAUGUUACAAGUUAACCGGGAACCGGAUGCCAAAAUGGGUCAAUCGACUUGCAAGAAUUGGUUCAUUAUGUAACUGCAUACUUCCGGAGGCACUCAAAGCUACUGCGGUCUGCCAUGACCCCAACUUCCAAGCUGAUAAUGAAAAGAAGAGGCUGAGAAGUGCCUUCAGUUGCUUAUCGUCGAUCUCAAUACCUCAGAGGGAAGUAUCAAUGUCUUCACUCUUUUUGCACUCUCACUACAAAGGCUGUUUACCGCCAUGGGAACUAAAGCGACCGAAAAGCUGCACGUUGAAGCAACUGUAAGACAGGCUUAUAACUUCAGUAUCUCUUUUCCACGGUGAAAACGGAAUGUUGUUUGUCCCCUUCAAGGCUUUGAAGCACCGGAUCAUCCCAGUCGCUUGAAGGGGCAAAAUCUUUACAAGUUUGCUCUUUUCCUUCCCUGCAUUCUUAACUACGCUCGUGGAGUAGCUUGUUGUUGAUGUUAAUGUAUUUAUUAUGUCUGAUUGAUUCUGGUGUUGCAGAUGUUGCCCAUGCAAAGUCUGUACCGAAACAACUGAACCACCGGACUUUUUCCGGUUAAUUGUUUAGAAGGCAUUGAGCUAUUUUCAAAAUUUACGAGAAAGUUAAUCCAA